UCUCGCAAGGCACGCGCAGAAGAAGAAAACGUCUGAUCGUGCAGUCACCAGGGCUUUUCAGCUGCUCCUGCAUUUCUUUCGCUAUUUUCCGGAGUUCAACAGCCUUAUGUCGUCGUCAAUGAAGAAGAGUACCGAGGGCAGCCAGCUGAGCAACCCCGCUGUCGCUGCUCGCCCACGACAGGAGGACAACCUGCCCACCACAGCUGCCAACACCACGGCCAUUACGCGCCACACGGCAAGGUCCAAGAGCACAUCUCCAAAGAAAAUUGGCGCCACCACUAGCCGCAAGAUAAGACGCCACCAUCGCAAGCACAACAAAUCCCAGCCCGCAUCGUCGCAGGGCUCAAUUUCGUGCCCUUCCGUGAUGCCAGCCUCAGUGACCAACGUGGCGACGUGCCAGGUGACGACCCCAGUCAUCGUGCAUGAGGAGGCCCAGACAGCGGGCCAACCAGACGUACCACCCUGCACUGUGGAAGGUAAAGGAGCGUCUGCCCCCGAGAUUCAACGAAAGCCGGUUGAAGUGGGACCAGCGCCAACGACGAGCUCCAAGGCGCUGACAGACUAUGCGUUGACUGCUGCUCCAGGGCAGCCACGACCACAGAAGCAGGCGCAUUCCCAAGUCGCCGAUGUCUACGAGGCACUUGGGACGCUGGCUCUUUCUCCGCAGAAGAAAUCCCCACGGCACGGUUCGCUGUAUCCCUUCCCCAAGUUGCGGAACGUUCGCGCUGAUCCAUCAUCUUCCGAGAAUCGGCCUGCCCGUGCGGCUGCUCUCAGAAACUCGAGAUGGCCGUUCGACACGAAAGUGGUGGUGGUGAUCGUAGUGCUGAUCAUGAUCAUUCUGGCCUCCACCAUCUUUGUGUACAAGACGCCUAAGCACCAACGUCAGAGCAGCUGUCCAACCGCCGACUGCGAGCACCAUCGGAAUCACAUAGAGGACCAGCUCGACAAAGAUGUCAACCCUUGCGACGACUUCUCUGCUCAUGUGUGUGGACGCUGGAGGCCCCGAGAGGGGUUCCUGCUGUCACGCUCGCAGCUUUCUGAUAUGUUCCUGUCGUGGUUGUACAAACUUCCUGUGACACUGGAGAAAGGUGUUAUUCACUUCCCCGUGGGCAAGAAAGUCACUGCUAUGUUCAACAGCUGCAUACGGCAGACGGGAUCACACGUUCCCAUCAUGAAGGACUUCAUGCACGCACACGGCAUUUUUUGGCCCGAAGAACCAGACAAACCAGUCGUUCCGGCGAAGACCCUCUUCGACCUUUCUUUUAACUGGAACGCGCAUCUCUGGUUCAGUGUGAAAAUACUUCCCACCAUUCCAAAUAAAACGCCAAGACGUAUCUUCUUUGAGCCCAACGAGAUUAUGCUGCUCUGGAAAGAUGUAAUUAAGCAGAUACCGGAGGCGCACUUCCAUGAUGUCUUCAACGGUCUUUACAAAAUAUUUUCCCAGAAAACGAAUGACACUCCCGAAGUCGAGAAAAUUUCACAGACAUACAAAAUGCUUGUAGACGUCUUUGACACCUUGGUACCGUCGUGCCCUUGCAAAGCACGCAUUCCGAAACUGUUCGCCUUGAGAGACAUUGACUCCAUUUCUCCGUUUCCCCUUGGCAAUCAAUUGGUGAACAUGCUCAAUGCUGUGAUGGGAAUCGAUCCGCCAAUCACAAUGGAUGACCUAGUUCUUGUGAGCGACCUGUCUCACUUUACAAAUACAUUGAACCUAAUCAAGAAAGUCGACGCCAAGGCUCUGCUGCGCCACCUGUCGUGGCUGUUUGCCCAGGCUUAUGCCCCAGUGGCCGAUCCCACGGCCGCUCUGCUCGUCUUCUACGGCAGUGAGCAUCGUGGAAAAAACGAGCGGCCCCGUUUCUGUGCUGGUCAGGUUGAGCCGAGCUACAAGCUCCUUGUCGCCGCUAUGGCCACCGUAGUCCACUUCUCAAAAAACGAGCGGCGGCACAUGAACGAGCACCUGGACGCUAUCGUGCAGGUUGCCGUGGAGAAAACGGGGCGUUCGUGGCUCGACAACGCAACCAAACAUGUUGCCGUAGAAAAGCUGAAGAAUGUCCACACCGUCGUGUGGCCUUCCGACCGUUUUCUGACCCCGGAGGCACUCGAGGAAGUGUACAAAAACUUCACUAACCAUGCCCCAUCGUUUACAAAGUUCUGGAUCGAGACGCGUCGCAGCCAACGCCUGCUGUUCGGCUCCGAGGCGGCCGCAGAGGAACUGCUCCUGGGUGACAACACUCACCUGCCGUACGUGGAUUACGUACACCACCUCAACCGACUGUCCCUUUCCCUCGGAGCACUAGCACCGCCUCUCUACUAUGCGGAGGGCACCAAGGCCAUGUUGUACGGCGGCGUCUUGUAUCUGUACGCUAAGGCGCUCUUGAGUGCCAUUGACGAUGUGGGAAUUAAGAUCAAUGCACGAGGCGAGUUCGUGCAGACUUGGUUGAGCGACGACGUUAAGGACACCUACCAUCAGCGCACACAAGGCUGCCUGCCCGGGAACGUCAGCAUCUUCCCCGAGGUUCCGGCGAUGGAAGUGGCUUACGAAGCUUUCAGGCGAAACGUCGGAGAAAACGGCACACAACUAUCAGAGGAUUUGACAGAAGAGAAAGUGUUUUUCAUCACCGCCUGUCUUGCCACCUGCGCUUUGACUCCCGCUGACAACGUCUACGGCGGCGACUGCAACAAGGCGGUGAUGAACUUCGCACCAUUCGCCAGAGCCUUCGGUUGUCCCCUGGGCUCUAAGAUGAACCCGGCGACCAAGUGCUCUUUCUACGACUGAUUUUAUCACCUUCUCAUUCACGGCCUCUAUUUUGUGCGUCGGCUGUUGCGCCAGUACUGUGGAGUCUUCUUUUUUUUGUGUGUAUGCCUAUGCUACGUAGCACAGAAGCACACAAGGCGCUUGACAGUGUAGCUUCUGGGAACGUCGCUUUACAGUGGUCCAACGCUUUCUUGGCAACUGCUUGAUUUACGUACUGUUUCCCGUGCCUAAGUUCUUGCUAGAGCCAUCGUUCAUCGUUGCGUUUUGGCUCCCUGUCUUUUAAGUGCUUGAGCUUUUCGACAUCUUGUGCAAUGAGUGCGAACUGUAGUUCAAACGUUGGUGAUGUUCACUGAUCAAUUGAUUCAUCUCUUCUCAAUCCGCUUUUGUAGGUGACUAUUCAGGGUGUAGGUAGACUGCAGAGUUUUAUUUUUAUUUUUCCCAGAAGUGGAUUCGUAUCUGCCUUUUGUGAAAUGCAUUUUAAACUUCUUUUAUAUAAUUAGCUUAAAAAUUUGCUUGCGAAUUGUACAUAACUUAUUUUCGCUCGUUGUGUUUUCAGGAACGCUACGGUAUUUAACUUUACAGCAAUCUUUUUCGGACUUAUUGGUACUACAUUUCGCCCCUCCGCCUUCUUUCUUUAACGUAAGUUUCUGUUGAAACUGUUCUGAUGGUUGAGUUUUAGAAAGGAACUUUUAAUAUGUUUUUGAAGGACUAAGGCAGCCUGUGUUCAAAAGAAACGGUUUUCUGGUGCGACGUAGCUGCAGUACACCACAAUGAGAUCUUCAAACCGAGGAAGAUAACGACAAACCUUGCUUUGUGGACUUGUCAUACGAGUGCUGCCACUUUAGAAAUCGUGUUCGAGACCUGAAGUAGUGGUUAUAACGGCACAAUUUUCGUAAAAAAUGAACUGAAGCGCUGGCAUUCUUACUUAGCCAGGAAUACUUACAAAGUGCACGACGAAUUGCUUACAUUUCUACACCCAUACGUACCCAUUCUUUGACGUAGGUACAUGACAAUAUUAUGUAGCAACGAUCUAUACGGCCACGACAUGACAGUUUCCAAGUAUGAAAGCUUCCGCCGUGAACCUGGGAACCUCCAUAACACUGAUCGUUAAGCGAGUUUUAGCUGUUGACCGAAAGUGACAUAUUUCUAAAAGCCUCACAAAAACAUUGAGCGCACACAUUUUUUUUUGGUACUGUUCACGCUAGUUUGUCAAGCUGCUGAAUAGGCUCGCUAUUUUCUUAUUGUGAAAGUAUUAGCAUGAGCACAGGUGGAGUUUAACUGCACAAAACAAAUUACAUGAAAUUAUGCCAUUGCAUUGCUUCAUUGGACCGCUGCAAGUGUCACGAGUGCAACGGCGUGCUGAUUGCAGUGUGCAUUUCGAUAGCGAUAAAAUAUUCUCCGUUUUUAUGAUAGUUAAAGGGUGCGCUUUAGCUCUGUGUUUAUGCUAGCGUUUGCGCCGACUUGAUUUGUUGGAGUUAUUACAAUACACAUGAACGAGUAUAUCAUCUUUGGAUAAGGCCAUUAGUACAGCAACUGCUAUAGCAACCGUUUACUACAUUUUUGUUUACUUGAUGGAAGGGCCACUGGAAGUGAUCAGUCAUCAAGGUAAAAGCCUGAUAUGCACUUGUUACAAAU